AUGGAUUCAGGAAGAAUAAUUGAAGAUCUGCAGAGCGAGAUAAAUUUUUUAGCAGGUGAUGCUGAUGAAGAAUCUACUGAAUUUAACAUAAACAAUGACGAUAUACAUGUUGAAGAUGCAUUUUUCAAAGAUAUUAUUGAAGAGGAUGAGCAAAUUUCUUCGACAUCCCAGUCGAAUGAUAAUGAAAAAGCAAAACAUUUUGAAUCAGAAGAUGAAGAUGAAUUAAGCUGCAUAAAAGUAAAAUCUCCUUGUAGCACAAAAACAAUUGAGUGGAUCCCAAGAGUUGAUGAAUCAUUACUGCCAAAGAAAGAUAUGGUGUUUGAAACAUUAGAUCAUGGAAUUCAGUUUUACCAAAUAUAUGCAAAGAAAGCAGGAUUUGAUUGCAGACUUGCAUCAAAUGAAAGCAUUGAACUUUUGGGAUCUGUUUAUAUAACUGUAUACAGAACUGUAUACGGACAUGCAUACAGGCCUGUUAUAAAUGGAGAAAUUAAGGUUGACAGACAAAGUGUGAAUGAGAUGCUUGGAAUUCCAAUGAGUGACCAAAAAGUGGAAGACCUUAGUUUUCGACCUGCAGAAGAUGAAUGUUACAGCAAAUGGAUAUCCCAAUUUCAUAAAGCAGAAAACAUUAGAUUGAAUGAUAUCACAAAUGCAAUUAUAUCAUCAAAAGAGGCUGAUUUCAACUUCAAACUCAAUUUCAUUGUCGAGCAUAACAUUGAAGGAGAAAGACUUCGUAAACUUCUGAAUGAUUUGAGACAAUCAAAUUACAGUGAGCAAGAUAUCAUUUCGAUUCUUAAUAUCACCAAAGAACAACUUAAGGAAUUUGAUGACUUCUUUCAUAAAUCAAAAGAAAUUCCAAAGAAUAUGUUAGAAAAAGGAAUUGGUGAAGAAGAAAAAAAGGAAGAUAAUGAGGUCGAUAACAAAGAGCAUGUGGAUUACACAGAUGAGGUCCAUAAGACAGAGGAAGGAAGAUCUAGAAAAACUUCUAAAAUGAUCAGAACUAGAAAAACUUCUGAAAGGAUCACUGAGAACAAGUUAAAAAAAUUGUAA